AUGUCGCUUCGUGCGUCAGGGCUUGUUCACAGCUCAAGAAGCUGUCACGUACAUGGACCUCCUCUUUCGCCCGUCAUUGUCGACCAGUUUCGAAACCACUCAGCCCACACGCACCUGAUUCACGAAGAAGCCAUGCUAUGCUGUACCAUCCUCACCAUAGCCUCACGAUUCUUCAUGCUCCCCGGAGCCGGCGGUACUUCACGAAGUCAUAAUAUCCACCAACGCCUCUGGAGUCACUGCGAGAUGCUCAUAAAACGGAUUUUGCUCGGCCAGGAAAAGACCUCGACGGCAAAGACGAGAGCGAUCGGGACCGUUGAGAGCCUGAUGCUGAUAUCCGACUGGCACCCCCGAGCCUUGCAUUUCCCUCCGGAAACCGAUGGCUGGGAUGCAUUACUCAUAUCACCUGGUUAUGAUCCUGUGAACCGUAGGAGGAUGAACGACGAGGCUCCUCUUAUUAGGUGGAAGGACGACGUCUUUGAGCCCGCUAAGCGGGCAAAUAGAAUGUCCUGGAUGCUCUUGGGAAUGGCCAAUAACCUUGCAUACGAGCUCGGGAUUAUUUCAAGUCAAAGACCCGAAGCUUCGAGAUCAACAGAACUGCAAGUAAUCCGCAGUCUCAGGGUACAAAAGCUUCUAUAUGUCUACCUGACACAGACGGCCACAAGGUUAGGCUACCCCUCCGUGUUUCCUGAGAGCAUAGCUGUCACUGCUUCACGACUUCCAAUGCAGAACUCGGACGAGCCUGCUCAUCGAUCUUGGAUGGCCUACAUGGAUUUGAGCUUGGAGCUGACUCAACUAUCACGUACGGCGUCGUCCAUGUUCUUUCAAUCUGCUGCACAUCUUCAGAGUCAGGUUCUAGGUGAUCAUUACGCGGACCUUUUGGAGCACUUUUCAGCAUCUUUGUCUAAAUGGCAGCAGAAAUACGACUCUGUGUGCAAAGGUAGGAGUAGUUCGUAUAGCCAUUGUUCUGUGAGCUGA